ACUCUGACAUUUCUACAAAAUUAUAUUAGCUUCAAACAGUGAACCAAAUUAUUGUAAACCCGAAUAAUGUCUAUGAACGAAGCGAGAGCUCAUCAAUGGGCCCUAUAUGCACUGGCGGGACUAACAGGAUUUGUGUGCGGGGCCUUUGUUCAACAAGAGGCGUCUAUAAGGCAACUAUUCCAGCAGAUUCGAAGGGAUCCGUACGUGUACCAUCAUCGUCAUAAAUUGUAUCCCAUGUUAUCUACCUUUAGGACUGAUCAUGAAACCCGUUUGUGGAAUAGUUCCACUUCUUUGGCUGACAAAUUCAGAGAAUUGGUGGUUUCACCGAUUUUCGAUUUUAUUAGCGCUGUUUUGAUGCUAAAAACUGAUACGGCAACUACAACGGAUCUUCUGGAUUUGCUCAAAUACGGACUGCCCAGCACGGAGAACUUGUAUGUCCACAAGGACUAUAUUGUUUCGCAGGAUAUGUGCACGAAUGCCCCCAGAUGGAUCUGUGAACAUUUCCGCGGGGACUAUCAAAAAUUAGCGCCCGAUGAAGGUGGAUAUAGCAGCCUGAAUCUUCGUUACAAUGAUGUCUACGUUUUGAGCUGUGGUUCGAUGAAGAUCUGUAAAGUAUUUAAGCGAAGAAUAUGGCACGAUCUAGAGAAAUAUGUUUCCACCAAGGCCCAGGAGUUUGGCUCAGUGUACACUUACACUGGGCCGAUUUACACACCCUCAUGUCACGAGAAUGGCAAAUGGACAAUGAAGUACGAGGUGUUCGAUUGGAUUCCUAUGCCAGUUCCAUCGCAUUACUUUAAGGUCCUGAUCGUAGAGAGUCGCAUUCCAGGCUUGUAUCCUUUUAUGGAAGGAUAUAUCAUCGAAAACAGCCGAACGGUGGGCGGAAAGCUGAGUGAUCAUCGGGCCAAGAUUGAGGAAAUAGAGCGUUUCACGGGACUGAAAUUCAACAAGAUCAUGCGACCCGUUGUGCAGUUCGAUAGGAAGUCCUUUAAGGUGGACACCAGGGCCUGGGCAGGACGAUUCGAGGAGAUCUCUGAGCCACUAGUAGCCCUGCCUGCAAAUAAGGAAAUAAAAGAGUUUUAA